AUGGGGCGUGCCUGGACCCAGGCCCACCUGAGAGGUGAUCUCUGGCUGCCUCUGCUCUGGCUUUUCCUGUCUCCAACCUGCUGUUCCCAUGACCCACCAGGAUGGCGCUUCACUUCUUCUGAAAUUGUGAUUCCCAGGAAGGUGUCCCACAGAGUGAGUGGAAUUGAGAGACAAGGCCAGCUCUCCUACAAGAUUCGCUUCAGCGGCCAAAGACAUGUGGUUCACUUGAGAGUCAAGAAGAACUUGCUGCCCAGACAUUUUCCUGUUAUCACCGAUAACGACCAAGGUGCCAUGCAGGAGAACUACCCUUAUAUCCCCCGAGACUGUUACUACUUUAGCUACCUGGAAGGGGUUCCUGGGUCCAUGGGCACCCUGGACACCUGCCAUGGGGGUCUGCGUGGCAUGCUGCAGCUGGACGACUUCACUUACGAAAUCAAACCAUUGGAGGCUUCUUCCAAAUUUGAGCAUCUGAUUUCUCAGCUUGUGACACAGAAAACAGCAGCAGAGGAUGAGAAAUGUGAGGCUGAAGAGAAAAAUACAAAUCAAGAGUAUGAGGAGGCAAUGAUUUCUGAAAUGCCUAGAGCAGGCACUGUGUAUUUGUGGUGGCCACACAGGAAAGCCUUGAAAGUUCACUACACAGUUUCAAACUCAUUAGUUGUUCAGAACAAUAAUAUGACACGUAUAACAGAGAAUGUAGUGAUUUUGAAUAACAUAAUUCAUAGCAUUUAUUACCAGGGUCAACUUCAGGUUUUGAUACGUGUUUUAUGCAUAUGGGAUGGCGCGGAUAGGAUGAAUUUGUAUGAAUUUCAAUCAGCUACAAAAGCAGUAACUGAUUUUGGUUUAUGGAAAUAUUGGGGAUGGUUUUAUCAAAUUCCUCAUGAUACUUCAUUGCUUAUAACAGGACAUAAGAUUGGUGGGGCCUCCUAUAGUAGCAGCUUUGAUGGAGUGUGCAAUCCCAAUUGGGGAGCAUCAUAUGUAUUUGCUGCAAGAUACCACCUAUUUUUAACUGCAACUAUUGGAGCACAUGCGAUGGGUCAUGUAUUGGGUUGUAAUCAUGAUGUUCCAGGUUGUCAGUGUUUUCGGAGACAACACUGUCUCAUGAGUCCUAACCCUGGUCUUCUAGAUAUGAUGAGCAAUUGUACUUUUGAGAAAAUUCACCGACGGUUACAUAUGUGGGAUACUUGUUUGAGUGUUCCAUAUAUACCAUACAACAAUUUUCCUUAUAUAUCAAGACGAUGUGGUGACAAGAAGGUAGAUCCCAAUGAAGAAUGUGACUGUGGCACCUUGAAAGACUGUAGUGGGGAUCGAUGUUGCAAUUCCAAUUGUGUCCUCAGCCUUGGCAGUGAUUGUGACUAUGGAGGUUGCUGCAGAAACUGUAAAUAUGCUUAUCCUGGAUAUAUUUGCAGAGAUACUCUUGGUAUUUGUGAUCUACCAGAAUACUGUAACGGGAAGACACAUGAUUGUCCAGAUGACACUUAUAUCCAGGAUGGAACCCCAUGUUCACCAUCAGCUGUUUGUAUGAGGGGAAACUGUAGUGACCGUGAUUUACAGUGUCAAGCCCUCUUUGGCUUUAAGAUAAAAGCGGCUGCGUCAUCAUGCUACGAGGUAUUGAAUCUCAGGGGUGACCGAUUUGGAAACUGUGGUGUGAGGGUGACUAAAGGAGGAGGAAGACCUGUUCCAUGUGAACGUGAUGAUGUUAAGUGUGGAAUGCUGCACUGUAGCAGCGUGAAGGAAAUUCCUGGUGGUGGGGAGCACACUACGUUUCAUCAAUUAAUAGUACAUGAUGUUACACCACAAACCUGCUUUGGGUAUGAUGCCCACUUUGGGACAGAUGUGCCAGAAAUGGGGCUUGUAGUGGAUGGUGCAACAUGUGGCCCAGGAGCAUACUGUAAGGACCAAAACUGUACUUUUUUUCAAGACCUGGGUUUUGACUGCGAUGUCAAGAAAUGCAAUUACAGAGGGGUGUGCAACAGCCAGAAACAUUGUCACUGUCAGCGAGGUUGGAAACCACCAAAUUGUACUGAGAGAGGACCAGGUGGCAGUGUAGAUAGUGGUCCUCCACCUGACACAGAACUAGGCAUUCGAGCCAGUCUAAGGCUGAGUCUAAACGGAGCAUUAGCUCUGCUGCUUCUUCGCCUUUGCCUUCUUUCCCUUUCAGCAUUUAUGGGUGCCACUUUCUAUGUAAAAGAUAAACUUGAAGAGGGAGAUGAAAGUGUUGAGAAAUAA